UCUGGUGACCCUUCGGGCGUUGAUCUUUUAGAUUAAGCUACGACCAUGCAGAUGUAGCGUGCUUUCGAUAGAAUUCUCAUUGGUGGUUUGGGUUCGUCGCAGAAUGUUGAAGUCAGCAUUGAGGUUGAAUCCCUUGAGUAUGAGAAUUCCUUUGAAUGUAAGCGCAUUGGGUUGUUUUGAUUAGCGUCGAUAGGGUCUUUGAGAGAGCCAAGCCUGCGUUGAUGAAUUGCUCCAUGAGGCCCAGUUGGCUCAAAUUGGAGAUACUGAAGCAUUCGUGUGCAUGCUUAUCAGAACGCCAGAGGGUGAUUUAUGAGUUGAUUUAGGGCCACAACAAUGAGAGCUAUUGAAUUUAACAUGGUUUAAAAUUUUAAAUGAUUUGAGAUUCUCAAAAGUUUCUGCAUCGUCGUGAUGAACGAGUUGACCAUCUUUGAGUGGCAAUGCAACUUCUCAAGGUGUUUUAGGGUUCGUGACAAUUUACAUGGAGUAAGACAAAGAGGUCCCGACCCAUCGAGAUUGUGAGUCUCAAAUUAUGGCUAAACGUUUCGGGGUGUUUUCUCGAGUUGCAGACAAGGGUUCAUAUGAUGAUGCAGGGUGUACAUCGGAUCAGAGAAGAAGCCUGCCGCCAAGGAUUCACGAUGCUAGGCCGCCCGGGUCUAAAAUCAAUGGUCUCGCACCAGCGAUUCCUGAUGUCAGGAAGCACAUGUACACCCCGAAUGAUCCGCUUCGAACGAAGCUAAACCUGGGGCAAAGUAGACACUACUAUUUAAGUUCGGAGGAGCGUAGCCCAUCCCAAGACGCAUCUCCGCAUUUGAAGGUUGCAGAUACAUACAAAUCUAUACUUCCUGGCGACCUUAAUAAGGUCAAAGUGGUGGUGCGAAUCCGCCCCUUCACCGCUGAUGAAGAGAGACCUCUGCCACCGGUGAUCGAAACGGUGGAUGACAGGACUGUGAUUGUUCGUGAUAACGAGCAUGGCCAACGCCAGGAGUCGCUCAAAUUCACCGCACACUACGUGCAGGAUGACAGCUUGGCAAUUGAGCAGACUAAUUCCGACAAAAAUGACUCUCAGAAUGCAAUGUUUGAGGUGUUAGGCGUUCCGUGUAUUGAACAUGCCCUGGACGGCUUGAAUACAACCAUCCUUGCUUACGGACAUACGGGCUCUGGCAAAACAUAUACUAUGUUGGGAGACAGUUCCUAUCAAGGACGAGGCAUUAUGCCAAGACUAAGCAGCGAAUUAAUGACUCGCAUAGCAGAAAAACGGGAACAAGGAGAGGACAUCAAGGCGGAGGUAUGUUACUUCGAAAUUUAUAAUGAGAGAAUCCGUGACCUUUUAGUAGCAGAUAAAUCGCCUGAAGAAAAACAGUCUGAACCAGAAAUAAGUGUGAAGGGCAGAACUAGUAUGACCAGAACGGGGUCUCUGGGUGAUUUGAAGCAAGCUCGUGGUUCAAAGCAAGGCUUGGGCUUGAAACACGUUCCUUCUUCAGGGUCCUUGAGUGACUUUAAACGCGGUUCCCCAACACAGCUAGUUCAACAGUCCCCUCCUAAGGAGGUUCUAGGAGUACAAAGAGGGUCAAAGCGCAUGCCCAACUGGAAAUCAUUUCAAGCAGCACAGACUGACUUCGCCAAGGAACAGCAAUACCUGAAAGUGCGAGAACAUCCAGUGAAUGGGCCUUAUGUGGAAGGCUUAAUGUGGAAGAACGUCGAAACUUGGAUGGACAUUAAGACGUUUUUAAAAUAUGGCUCUGCUUUACGCACAACACACACUACAGAUGCAAAUGCACACUCUAGUCGAAGCCAUGCCUUGUUUACUAUCAGAAUCACCAAGACAGAAAGAACUUCAGAAAUCACAAUAACGGAUACAUGUAAUAUUAAUCUCGUGGACCUUGCAGGAAGUGAGAGGCCAUCUGACUUGCUGACGGUAGAGACAGCUACUCGAGGGGAGGAAUCUCGAGCUAUAAAUUUAUCACUAACGAUGCUAAAUGAGGUCAUUUUGAGCCUCUCAAAGGGAACCCACCCGUCAUACCGCAGCUCAGUACUAACUUGGUUAUUAAGAGAUUCUUUAGGCGGCAACAACAAAACGUUCAUGGUUGCAAAUAUAUCAGCUACUGAACAUGAUUUGCGAGAAACCCUCAGUACUCUGAGAUACGCUGUCCAAGCGACCACAAUUCAAGGCGAUACACAAGGAGGUGAUCGUGACCCUAGAAACAAUCUCAUUUACAAACUGAAACAAGAACUUAUUCUACUUCGCAGAGCUACCACGACUGCAUUAUCCGACAGAGCUCAAGAAGCCUCAAUAAGCUGGGGUGUCCAGAAAGCGCCCCUUCUUCCAAAACGUCUCGAUGUUGACACGCAAACGCCUAAGAUCACUUUCUCCAGAGAUGAGGAACAGGAGAGCUACAAGGGUCAAGGAUUCGACGAGACGCUUCAACUUGUACAAUCAGAACCUAUAAAAGGACCAAAAAGAGGGUCCAAAGUUGAACCUUCAACUACUGGAGUAAACCAGGGCUGGAAUUUCAAACACAUCGAGAGCAAGCUACUUCACCAGAAGAUGUUCACCACACUGGCCAGCGUAUUUUGUUCCUGGUGGCUAUUCUCAAAACUAAUCAAGAGAAUUCCAGCACAAGAAACACUACCGAACUUAAAUGUACGGAAGGCAAUUAAACCGAGAAGGACGAUCGACUUGAAAGGCGAGACUCACCUGGACAGUCCUGUAAUUUCUUUGAGAGAGUUGACACACUCUGGGGUGGAGUCGAUCUCGUUUGAAAGCGCCACUCCUUUCUUUAUAGAGAUUCAGAUGGCCAAGUAUAGCCUGAGGGUGCGGUUGACAUAUGGCACUCCCACAGGUACCUGCAGAGUAACAAGUCAGACUCCUGGAAAAUGGAGGGUACACUUCCUGAAGGCUGGCGUCAACAGCUUUGGAUUCGGGGAUGAUAUACAGUGUCUAACCGAGGAUUGCAUUGAGCCGCAAUCCAUGAUCGUCUACAUGCCAGCCAACAAAUGCGUGGAUGAGAAGGGGUUUGUUGUGAUCAAAAUGCUCUCCAUGGCACAAGCUCAGCUGAAUGGUAAUGAAAUGUUGCAUCCCAUGGAACUUCACAAUGGAGAUCAGCUGUCACUACAAAACCUCCAAAUUCAGAGAUCCACCAGCACCUUGUAUUUCUUUGACCUUCAAAGGCUCGAUUAAAUAAGAGGCAUUGACAUGAUUUCUCAUUCCGUCAACAAGACUAGAGAAGAUACUGGAUAAUACUCUAGUCUUGCUUUAACUGAUUUGAAUUAACUUGACAGAAAGGUCAAAUCUCAAGACAUUUAUCAAACGCAGACAGUUAACUCGUUCUGAGCUUGAGACUGAUAAGACCUGGCAAGCCUUUGUUACAAAAAAAUAGAAGUCAAUUUUCCUUUGUUUUAUGCAGAGAAUUCCAGAAGAACAGCUUUUCUUGAAGGACGCGACUUUAUGCUUUGUAAAAAAUAUUUGUAUGAGAUUGAUGAUUAUUUUGGAUGCUUUUAUUUAUGGUCCAGACCUCAACA